CUGAAGCGAGCCACCAUUUCCCCUGUUUUCCUCUUAUGGCAGCUAAUGUUCUUCCAACGGCUAAUCUCAACCUGGAGCUUGAUUGUAAGACCAUUCAUGAUUCUUUGGGAAGCUUGAGCCAUUUGAUUCCUUAUCUUUCUCGUCUGACUCAAUCUCAAAGACAACAACUCAGAAAGACCUAUGAGGCAGCGUAUGGUGAAGACUUGAUAGGUCAUCUUCAAAGAUACGAAGCAGAGGUUUCGUCUGUGAAAUCCUCUGCUUUGUCCCUGUGGAUGCUUAACCCGCAUGAUAGGGAUGCUAUUAUAUCCAGGGAAGCCCUCCAGCAAGACGACACCAAUUUCAAGGCUCUGGUGGAAAUCUUUGUGGGUCGGAAAUCAAGUCAUAUUCUUUUGAUCAAACAGGCAUACAAUAGAAGAUUCAGAAGGAACUUGGACCAAGACAUUAUCGAUCUGGACCCUCCUCAUCCCUUUCAAAAGAUUCUUGUGGCAUUGACUGCAUCACACGAAGCUCACCAAACUGAGACUAGUCAGCAUAUAUCCAAGUGUGACGCAAGGAGGCUCUAUGGAACUGGAGAGGGAGGCUCAGGAGCAAUUGAUGAAUCAGUGGUACUUGAAAUUCUCAGUAAGAGAAGCAUUGCCCAGCUGAAGCUGACAUUUUUAAGUUAUAAGCACAUAUAUGGACAUGACUACACAAAGUCACUCAAAAGGGGAAACAGUCUGGAAUUUGAGAAGUCUCUUAUUCUGGUUGUGAAAUGCAUCUGCAAUCCGGCAAGCUACUAUGCAAAGGCACUGUACAACAGCACCAAAGGGGGAACGAUUGACACAGGAACUUUGGUACGGACACUAAUCAGCAGGGCCGAGAUAGACAUGGACGAGAUCAAAAGGGUUUUCAAGCAAAAAUAUGCGAAGGAACUUGGUGAUGUAAUUUAUCAAAGCAUUCCAUCUGGAGACUUGAGAGACUUUCUGGUUGCUCUGGCCACAAGAACCACCCAUUCUUCUACUUAGGCAGCCUCGUCUGCUUCUACAUCCUAUAGCAGCAAAGCAAGUUGGUAACAGGGAGAGUUGGUCAGUACGUAAUCAUGCUAAAAUAUUCACUCCUUUGUUCGUUCUGCACGCUGUAUAUCUCUUUCCACAUACGUGGCAUGACUUUUCAUAUUGGAGAGCGCACACUGAUUCAACUAAUGCAAUAAGAAUACAAAUAUGGUGAUAUUGCUUCACUGCGUCAAAAGCUAUUAGAAGAAAACGUGAGAUCCAAUUGGCAGGCAAGCCCUUGGAAUGCACAAGAAAGUAGGAAUUGAAGAACGUUCAAACAAACCCAUUACGCGGGGUUCCAAAUCCACAACAAUGCAUUGGCUGGGCAAUGAUAUCAUAAAGAAGCCGUAUAUCAGAAGCGAUUUGAGUUGGAAGCUAUUUUUCCCAAUAAGAUUAAAGGAUUUUGGUUACUGAGAUGGUGCUUAAUUACUUUCCUCGACACUUGUACCGAUCCUACAAGUGGCAUGUCCAGGAAUUGAUGAUGAGGUUUUGAAAAA